CCCGGGCGGGAGCGUCCCUCAGCCACUCGAGUAGCGACGCGAGGAGGGAGAGCUAUACUGCUUCGAUUCGUGCGUGAGACGGAACCACAAGACACACAAAAAUGAGGGAGAUAGUACACAUCCAGGCGGGCCAGUGCGGAAACCAGAUCGGCGCCAAGUUCUGGGAAAUCAUAUCCGACGAGCACGGCAUCGACCCGACAGGCGCCUACCAUGGUGACUCCGACCUGCAGCUUGAGCGCAUCAAUGUGUACUACAAUGAGGCGUCGGGCGGCAAGUACGUGCCACGUGCCAUCCUGGUGGACCUGGAGCCGGGCACCAUGGACUCUGUGCGCUCCGGACCCUUCGGCCAAAUCUUCAGGCCAGACAACUUCGUGUUCGGCCAGAGCGGCGCUGGCAACAACUGGGCCAAGGGCCACUACACGGAGGGCGCAGAGCUUGUCGACUCAGUGCUCGAUGUUGUGCGCAAGGAGGCCGAGAGCUGUGACUGUCUCCAGGGAUUCCAGCUGACGCACUCACUGGGUGGUGGCACCGGCUCCGGAAUGGGAACGCUGCUCAUCUCAAAGAUCCGUGAAGAGUACCCAGACCGCAUCAUGAACACCUACUCGGUGGUGCCCUCGCCCAAAGUAUCUGACACAGUCGUCGAGCCCUACAAUGCGACGCUCUCCGUGCACCAACUGGUUGAGAACACUGACGAGACCUACUGCAUUGACAAUGAGGCCCUGUAUGACAUUUGCUUCCGUACACUGAAGUUGACCACGCCCACAUACGGUGAUCUCAACCACCUCGUCUCGCUCACCAUGUCCGGAGUCACCACAUGCCUCAGGUUCCCAGGUCAGCUGAAUGCGGACUUGCGCAAACUGGCAGUGAACAUGGUACCUUUCCCACGGCUGCACUUCUUCAUGCCAGGCUUCGCACCACUGACGUCACGCGGCUCACAGCAGUAUCGUGCACUCACCGUGCCAGAGCUCACACAGCAGAUGUUUGAUGCUAAGAACAUGAUGGCUGCCUGUGAUCCCAGGCAUGGCCGCUACCUCACCGUUGCUGCCGUAUUCCGUGGCCGCAUGUCCAUGAAGGAAGUCGAUGAGCAGAUGCUGAACAUUCAGAACAAGAACAGCAGCUACUUUGUUGAGUGGAUACCCAACAAUGUGAAGACAGCUGUCUGUGACAUCCCACCCCGUGGACUCAAGAUGUCUGCCACCUUCAUCGGCAACUCCACCGCCAUCCAGGAGUUGUUCAAGCGAAUCUCUGAGCAGUUCACCGCCAUGUUCCGCAGGAAGGCUUUCCUUCAUUGGUACACUGGAGAGGGUAUGGAUGAAAUGGAGUUCACUGAGGCAGAGUCCAACAUGAAUGACCUGGUCAGUGAAUACCAGCAGUACCAAGAGGCCACAGCUGAUGAAGAUGCUGAGUUUGAUGAGGAGCAAGAAGCAGAGGUUGAUGAAAACUAAGCUCAACCCUCAACCCACAACCCACAAGACACAAGGAGGCAAAUUGCAGUGAACAGUCAUUCCCGGGGAAGGCGAAUUGUGCCACAGGCGGCUUUACUGCAAAGACUGCAUCUCUCCUACAAAAACAGUGCCGCCGUGAUAGUACUGCCACUUCACUAUACUGGUUAUUUAAAAACUUCGUACGAUGUUUUACUGGCAUUUCUCCUGGAUUCUUCCCAGAAGAAGUAAUUGUGAAGCUUUUUAAAUCAUAGUUUAUACAUUUAUUUGUAAUAUAUAAGUACAUGGUAGAAACUGGCAUGUUUCAAGUUUACAAAAUCUGAACACUGAUUUUUUUAUUUUCUAUUUUUUCAAUUAAACUCAGUAUUUAGCAAUUCA